AUGUUAUAAUUUAUAUCCAAAAGACCUUUCUGUGUUCAACUCAAAGACAUCAAUACAAUGCUUAGUAGAUUGUCCUCAAGUAUCAAGGAAUUUAAAUAUGUCAAUCGUAACAUUGAUAAGGCAAUCAAAUCAAGAGAGUACUAGGAAAUUCUGGAGAGACUCCCUCAAUCCCAUUCCCAAUUGGAUAAUUAUGGACUACAAUGUGGUCUAGACUCAUUUUCUCAUAUUUUUGAUCAUCUGGGUUAAGAUAGUAAUUUGGAACCCGUUCGAUAAUUUUUGGCAAAGAAAGCCGAUAAUUUAUUGCAAUAUCCAAUAAAUGUCUUAUGCGACACCUAUUACAAUUUAACUCUACUAAGAAGUGAUACAAAUAAAUUCCAAGAUCAAAUUUUAACACACAUUAAAAUCAACUAAAGUAUUCCUGGAGAACAAUUUGUUAGAUUACUAAGGGCUUUGACUAAAAAGUUUAAUUUAACAGAAUAUGAUCAUUAAUUGAUUUUAGUGCUAAAUUAAUUAAAUAUAAAGUAAUCUUAAGUCUAAAUUUUACUUAAAUGCUUUAGAUAUUUUGCUGAGCUUCACACCCUGCAUUAAAAACCAUUGUAUGCAUUUCCUGAGCUUUUUGAAUAUAUUGCAACACAAAUAAAGAAAUUUCCAACUCAUAGUUAUGGCGAUAUUUUUUGUGCAUAUCAUCAUUUAGGCACCGCCUUUGAUUAAUCUUUCUUACAUAAAACAGUACAAGAAUUCGAACACUCAAUCGCAACCUACAAAAAUGGUAUGACAUAACUAGCAAUGUAAUAGUAUAUUACAAUCCUGAGAAUUGCAAAUAAACUAGAUAAAAGUGAUAUAGUUAAAUUUAAUUGGGAUUUACAUUUCAAUGCCUUAAAGGAAUUGCUUUCAUCACGUGAUUUCAAUUAAAAAACCAAUAUUACUUCAUUUUGUUCACUAUUUAUAGAUAAAAUAUCUCAAUAUGAUCAAAGUGAAAAGGAUAAACUAUUUGAAAUGAUCAGAUCAUUCUAAACUCCUGGGAUUUGGGAUUUCUUUUAUUAAAAUAAAUAGUAUUUUACUUAAUAGUAAAACCAACUUAUACUUGAAGAAUUUAUAAAUUACGGAUAAGAAUAGUAAUAAGUAAGUGAUUAAAAGUACCCUCAAAAUUAUGUCUUUUACAAUAAAUACGCUCGACUUUAUAAUCUUCCAGAAAGAAAAGAACAGCAAUUCUUGUUGGGAGGCUUGGUAUUAUCGUAAUAUGAAUAAACAACAGAUGAAGUAUAAACCAUGAAAUUUCUUCAGAAUGUUACUAUCAAAAAUUAAUUUUGGAGUUCAUAAUUCAAAAUUUUAUUAAGUAGCAUCAAUGGAACUCAAACUUUGGAGUUCUGGAAAUAAUAAACUAUCAAAAAUACUCGAAGGGUUCAAGAAGAAUAUUCAUUUGAAAUACAAAGACAUCUCAAUGGCGACUUUAACAUGUUUCCCAAGGUCUUUAAUCAAUAUCAGUGCUAAUUUGUAAUUUGGUCUUUCCAACACUUUCAAAUGGCACCCGUACUUGUGGCACCAAUAUUUUAUAGAACACUAGGAACCCAUUAGAAGUAUGUGUUUUUAAAAGUUUAGCCUGAUAGACGAAUUGGUGAGCUUAUUUACCUUUCAUAAUUGUGGUUUCAAUGA